AUGGACAACACGGGCACUACCAGGCAUUGGGAGCGGUCGUCCCGUGCCCGCGAUGCAUGCAACCCUGGGGCAGCUCAAGACCGCGCUCUUUCUGGCGGUCGUGGCUGCGAGGCGGACAGUGGCGCACGCUUAAAGCCAAACGCAGAGAAGAAGAGGAGGAAGCGCACGCCGCAUCAGCUCCACCUCAGCAAAUUGUGCCAGCGUCGGUACAGGGAACGGCUUAGGGCCAGGACAGCUCAAGCAGAUGCUGUAAUGUCCACUUUAAGAGAGCGCUGCGAAUUAGUGGAGGAGUUGCGAAACGAAAAUGCCGUUCUCAGAGCCAGGGUAAGCUUCUUGGAGGGCGUCAUACAAGAGCGCGAUUGCCUCAGUGGCGUUCUGCAGAGUCCGAUGACGGGAGAUGCAGUGUCAUUCGCUCCAAGAGCGUUUGCAGGAGCAUCACCCCAAGAAGCUCAAUUCGAAACAGAAUCGACCUCUUAUGCCCUCUACAGAGACGGCGACGAGUACACAAGGUCUGGGCAAACGGCGCCUGCGCCCAUCCAGUACUCUCACACAAACGGGGCUGCGCAUGACUCAUCAGGACUCGGAAAAGCACCACUUUCCUGUGUUCCACAAGCGCCGCUCCAUGGAGAAGGUAUCCAUUAUCAAGAAAUUUCCCAAGGCCCCUGGAAUAUCCCCAUCUUCGGCCCAGGUAGCUUCGGCGGCGAUACAACGCUUGGACGUCCAGGGAUGGCGCUGCCAGCUCCCCGUGGAUGGCCCAACAAAUCUGCUUGCAAUUCCUUCCUCUCUCCAACGUUGGUGGAGCGCCAGGCCUCCUCAGAGCAGACAGCCAGACAGGCGGAUUGGAGCAUCCCUCCUGUGGUGCAGGCGACGCGGAGCCGCCCCACUGACGCCUGUGAUGGCCCUAGCGUUUCCCUCCCAUUUCCAGUGGCAAGGGCGUCCAACUCUCGAACAGAAAAUUCCCAGCUGAGGCAUUCUCGGACGUAUCCACCCAGCCGGUGGCGGCAUACUGCCUCCACGGGAGCUUCGCAUUAUUCCCACUCCCUGGGCAGUCGAUCCAUGGCUCCCUCUUGCCCACUUUCACAACAGACAGGGAAGGAAAGUGGUGGCUGCACCAGGGGAGAUGAGGAGGGGUUGUUAAGAGAGGUGGACGUGUGCGUCAAUGAACUUAGAGUUGCGCUGGAGGCGGCACGCUUCUCCACGAUGAGGAGCCCAACCCUCGGAGAGAGCUUUCGGGUUCUUGGAGAAAAGGUGCGCCGCGCUGUCAGUGUGUCAGCCAAGAUUCAGCAACUCCGGGCCCCGAGCCGCUCUUUCGUUGCGAGCCCGCUGGCAAUGCAGGCCGCCAUGGGUGACCAGGAGCUGGCCCGGUGGAAGGCCCGCAUGUCUGCAUUGGAUUUGAGCGAUGGCCAGAAGCGCGCGGCUGCCGAUCUGAGAUCGAAGCUCCAGGGGUGCCUUCGACUACUGUUCGAGGAUAGAUCAAGACUUAACAAUGAGGCCAGAGCGAUGUUGCAGGAAAGAGGGGCAUCCCCGAGCGCAGCGAUGAUUGACGUGAAACCUGUGUGGGACAAGGUCAAAAGGAACGUGAAACAGGAGAUCAGGGAGCUGUCAGACGGCCUUCAUGCCCUCUUGCUCAGCAUUUUGAAUCCGGUACAGGCCGCGCAUCUCGCCGUUGAGUCGCAUCCAGGAGGGGUAGACGUUAUGGCAGCGGUCACAGCCGUGGAUGCACCGGAGUCAUGCAUCGACGCCCACUCACACACCGACCCAAAAGGCUACAAGAUGCUGCAUAGAGGAUCGCACUGA